GCGUGUGUAGCGUCUACAGCGCCUUAGGUUGUAAAAGACUCUCUCAGUCUCUGACCUAUUUUCUCAAGGGUCUCUAAGCUUCACUCUGAGUAAUCUUGCUCAUAUAUACGGCGUUCCUAACCGUUGAGUACGUAAAGCUACGGUAUUGCACUACAGUGUCUUUCGCCUGAGCAAAUAUCACAGUGCAAACUGUCAAAGAUGUCUGGACCUUUUGAUACCGGUGUACCCACUAACAAUGGAUGCAGUAACAACGAAGACUAUAACGACAAUAACGAGGCGACGCGGGACAAGAUGUCUCAGUUUUGGCGGGAACAUUCCUCCAAGGCGUCACUGGAAGAGAUGAUGCUGGACGACAACGCCAAGGAGCUGUCCAAAGAUGAACUGCCUGAAAUCCUGUCUCUCUUGCCUGGAAUCGAGGGAAAAACCAUCCUGGAGCUUGGCGCAGGCAUCGGACGUUACACGGCUCCGCUUGCGCAGCAGGCCAAACACGUGACGGCCGUGGACUUCAUGGAAUCGUUCAUCCGCAAGAACGAGGAGGUCAACGGUCAUCACAAGAACGUUCGCUUCAUGCAAGCCGACGUCACCAAGCUCGAGAUGCCUCCAAAAAGCUUUGACAUCGUGUUCUCCAACUGGCUGAUGAUGUACCUGAGCGAUGCCGAGGUCCAGGCUCUGGCCGAGAAGGUGCUCACCUGGCUGAAGGACGACGGCAUCUUCUUCUUCCGGGAGUCUUGCUUCCACCGUUCAGGAAAUCGCAAACGAUCCUUCAACCCGACGAACUACCGGAAGCCAUCAGACUACGACUCGCUGAUCCAGUCCGCCGGGAUCCCCAUACCGGGCGAGAACGGCGGCGUCAUGCACUUCGGAUUCGAGAUCCAGCUGGCCAAAUCCGUGGAGACUUACAUAAAGGCAAAGAAGAACGUCAACCAGUUCUGCUGGGUCAUCAAGAAGCGCCGACUGCAGGGCAUGGCUCACAACGGCUACAAAACCUUCCAGCAGUUCCUGGACGCCCAGCAGUACACGAGAAACGGGAUCCUACGCUACGAGAAAAUCUUCGGGUACGGCUACGUCAGCACCGGUGGACCAGAAACUACAGAGGAGUUUGUAGCCAGGCUGGAUCUACAACCAGACCAACAUGUCCUGGAUGUGGGCUGUGGCAUCGGUGGAGGGGAUUUCUACAUGGCAAAGAAAUUUGGAGCAGUUGUCACUGCUAUGGACCUGUCCACCAACAUGAUUGAGAUUGCCACAGAGAGGGCCAGCCAGGAAAAUAUCACCAAGGUGCGCUUUGAGAUCAGUGACUGCACGAAGCGGGAGUACCCGGCCGAGACGUUCGAUGUGGUGUACAGCAGAGACACCAUCUUGCACAUCCAGGACAAGCUGCCUCUUUUCAAGAGAUUCUUGACGUGGCUGAAGCCAGGAGGUAAGCUCCUUAUCUCGGACUACUGCUGCGGAGACAAGGAGUGGUCUGACGUCUUCAAGCAGUACGUAGCACAGAGGGGGUACACGCUCUACUCUCCAGCAAAGUAUGGCAAGCUUUUGGAAGAGGCUGGUUUCAUAAAUGUCCAGGCCGAGGAUCGCACACAACAGUUCACAGACAUCCUCAACAGGGAGGUGGCCAGAACAGAGGCAAACAAGGAAGAAUUCAUCAAGGAGUUUUCUGAGGAGGACUUCAGGUACAUUGUUGAAGGCUGGAAGGCAAAGCUACACCGCUGUGAGCUGGGGGACCAGAAAUGGGGGCUCUUCUACGCAGAGAAAGCCAAGUAAAGAUGGCUUCCUUUACAAGACGCACAAAGAAAACAAUCCCCUCUAUAUAAGAAUUUGUUUGAGUCAAUGCAUUCUUUAGUUGAAUUUUGUUUUGUAGAGAUAUCUUACUUUCCAAGAUGCAUAAAAACAACCCCUCCGUAAGAGUUUGUUUGGAUCAAUACAUUCUUCAGUUGAGUUUUGUUUGUUGUAUUAUUGCUUGUUAAUUUCAAUAAGGGAAAAGUAUUUUUUCUAAGCUCAUAGCCCAGACUUGAUAAUCUUCCAUUGUUUAGGAUGAUCCAACUGUGAGAUUGAGGAUUGUAUUGAAUUAUAUAUCACCAGUUCUUCGAUAUAUCUUACAGUGUUAUGAUGGGGUAGGUUGUGAGUUAUUUUGUUUUGCAACACUUAAAGAAAUGUACACACUGAGAAGCAAUAUGUGUACAUCAUCUUUAGUAUUUUUGCCAAAUAUGAACCAUCUAUUGUAAGAAAAAAAGUAUAGGUGCCUUAGGGGUCAGGAGAUUUUAGUAUUGUUGAGAAUUAUGAUGAAAGGAAAGAAUCUCAAGUAAAUACUGUAUUGAGGAGUUAUUGCCAUCCUGCACUUCUAGAUUUGGAGGGUAGAGGGCGCAGUUGAACAGUGCAUGUUCCAAUCAGAGCAAUGUAGUAUCCAGUUUGUGUUUCAUAGAAAAACUAUCACCAAAAUGUUACAAAAUACAGCUGUAUUAUUACUAGCCAGUGGCCAGUAUUGUGAUAGAAUUGUGGAAUAGCGCCAGGUUGUGAUGAAAUCACCAUUUUGAGAAUAUAUUAUUUUUAUCUGAAAGAUAAAGAGAAAUAUGAAGGCAGUUAAAAGUUCUUGGAACCUGUGCAGUGAAAUUAUACGAAUUUGUUUUAAGAUAUAUAACGUGAGGCUAUGUAUCAUUUUGUUUAGAGACUACGUCUUGAUUUUUUUGUUCAACUUCAAAAAUGGAAGUCAUGUAUACUUUUGUUUAUGUGUGAAAAAUUUACAAACUUCAUGUCAACAGAUUACUUAUAUAUGCAAUUUAUAGUUUAAUAUUUAUAGGCUGUUUUGAUACUAAACGUCUCCAUUUCAUAUGUUCGCAAAUUCACAUUCACUGAAAAGUAUUGAACUUUGGUGUCGUGUAUUUGUUCUCCACAUUCCACUGCAAUGAAAUUUAAUUUUUUGUUAUGAACCUUUUCUUUGCAAUAACGCCAACAAAUAUGUGACAUUAGACUUUUUAUGAGAGAGAAAGACUUUUGAUAUUGAGUCGAUAAAUAAGUUGAAUGAUGUAUAUAUGUAGCUGAAAAAUACAAGACCUGAAAGGUUUCAUACAGAGUAAAAAUUGUUUUCACUGGUUGGUGCGUUUUGAUAUCAGACACAUACUUGAAAA